AUGAUAGUCAGAAGAGAUCGCAUUCAUCAUCAAGGUAAAACCAAUCGAGAUUUCAAGUAAACUGUAUCAUUUCAUUCAAGGAUGUUAGAUUCAUUCAAAAAUACUUCAAUUAAUCAAAUUAAUUCAUAAGAUGGAGAUAGAAUUGCUUCAUUAUCUGUUCCCAAAAAUAAGAAGUUUUCAGAAAUCUUAGACCAAAAGUCUAAAAGAAUUGUACAAUGCAAAGAUCCUGUUGAGGAAACUAAAAAUUCAGCUAAAAAAUUUAACCAACAUCAUUUAAUUGGCUAUCCGAGGUAUUCGAGAUUGUAAAAUUAGAUCCUCCCAUUUGGAAGAGAAGGAAUUGAUGAAAAGAGUGUUUUGUGGUGAUUCUAAUACACUUUUCUUUGAUGAGGAACAUAGGUAGAGUUAGGAAAGUCCAGUUCAUAAAAAAUGUAUUAUUCAGUACUUAUCAAUUAGAUGAGUAGAAGGAGAAAUUAGCAUAGUAGAAGAGAGAGGAGAACACUACAGGAAUUCAAGAAACCUAAUUAGUCGGUUUAGAAAAUAAGAAUACACUCGAAGGCAAGGUAGACCUAGAAAAAGUUAGAGAUAUCAGAAGAGCUAUUAGAAGAAGAUAUGCAAAUAGAAAAAACUUUUAAAAGAUCUUCAAUUUGUGGGAUGAAGAUUCCAAUGGUGCUGUCAGCGUUAAGAAUCUAUAUAACAUGAUCUAAAGAUUAGGCAUCAACAUUAACAUUGAUGAGGCUAGAGUCUUGUUAGCUAGUGCAGACAUGGAUGGAUCAAAUGAUUUAGGAUUGGAUGAAUUUCUAGAUCUCAUUUUCAAUGAUAAGGAUGCUCUUAAUGUAAAUUUAAAGGCAUUGCCGGCAUUAACUGAAGAUGAAAAGGAUUCUUUGAUAAAAAAUCAGGAAACCAUAGAUUUCCUAAGAAAUGAUGCUUUAUAAGCUAGAGAUAGAAGACACUAGAAUCAAGUGAAUCUUAUUCUAAAAAACAGAGUAUUUCUACCGUCUAUAAUUUAAGUUAUAAUAAUUGGGACAAUAACUCACCAUGUAAGAUGAAUUACAAAAGGGAUACAUAAGUUUUGGCAGAUUUGAAAGAGUAAUUAAGAAAUUAGAGAUAGAUCCCAGUAUUUUAUCUGAUCAUGAUCUCAAAAUCUUAUAUGACAAUUUCAAAAAUCAAGAUGACACUUUUGAUUAUAAAAAGUUCUUGAAUCAUCUUAAGUCAUUCUAAUUGUAAGAAGAAGUGUACAAUGAUCCAUAUUCGAACAAGAAUCAAGAACCAGUUGAUAAGAAAUAGUUAUUAUUAAAAAGUAUGAAAUAUUAAGAGGAUCAACUUAUUACUUUGUUUGACAUAACAAGAGUGGAUGCUCAUUCCUUGGAGAAGAUGAAAACCAAGACAAAGAAUCUGAUGAAUAAGAUUUAAAGAUAUAUACCAUCGAAUACUAAAUUUGAGGAAUUUCUUAAAAGUAAAAUCUAAGGAAAUAAUGUAAAUGUAAAAGAAUUUUCUCAUGUAAUCAUACAAUUUUUGGAAAGUGUAAAUGAAAGAUACUAAAAAUUUGAUCUUGAAAGCAUGCUCAGUGUCUUAUAAUUUAGCUAAUAUGAAACACAAAGAGCUGAUGAAAUUGUUAGGAUAUUGUUUAGGUAAUUGCUAGAUCCAUUUAAUUUAGUGAAACUGACUAGGAAUUUUAUGACAGAGCUUAAUUGAGAUAAAAGGGACCAGCUCCUCCUGAGCAAGUAUCCAAGGUGGAUUAGGCAUUAUAGGCUAUAGAUAAUAAACAAUAAGAUAUUGAAAAAUAAAUCAGUAUGAAUUAAUAUAUAUGUCUAUAGAAUUUUACAAUUAGGAUGCUGGAAUGACUUGGUACUUACCGAACUAAUCCAAGGAAUUGUCAGAUGUGUUGAUGAAGGUUGAAAAUUCACUUUUUAACAGGAGUGAGAGAGCGUAUAAAUUAUUUAAAGAUUUCGAUAAAGAUAAAGAUGGUUACAUUUCGUAGUAGGAUAUGAAAUAGAAAUUAGAAGAAAUGAAUAUACUUAAUGGAUAGGAAAUUGGGAUAUUGAUUAAUUAUGUUGAUCCAUCUAAUAAAGGAUAUGCUACUUUUAGCGAAUUUCAUGAUAAACUAAGGGCUGGAAUGACGAUAGUUGAUAAUGCUGGAAAUCAGUUAAUUUAAAUUAAUAGUUAACCUGGUAAGACGUUUCAAAAUGCAGCCAAAACCUUCUUACCUGAAUUGUCAAGAUUGACUGAAGAAUUCAAAAAACCUUUCCGACCUCAGACCAAUCAUACAGAUAUAAGGCCUUCGACAAGAUUCGGGGCCACUCCUGCCUACAAAAACACUUUCGUUAAUUUUGUUCCCCCAAAGACAUCUCCUAUGUUCAUGACCCAAGGGGAACGAUUUUCGAAAAAUAGGGAAUAAUUUAUAUAAGAUGAGAAAAGUCAGAAUAACCAAAAAUAUGAAAAUAAACUGAAUAGAAUACGAUAAUAUCAUCAAUCUUUGGAUCAAAGAAUUCAAUCUGCUCAGGAGUAAAGGGAUUAGAAGGAUGCAAGCAAUUUAAAAUCAAAAUAAAUGGCUUAAUGGACUUAUGAACAUAAAGCGCAUCUUAAAAAUGAUUAUUUAUGA